CUGACAGCUGGCUUGGUGUGGCCAGGUAAGGAGGCGAGCGGACUGCCUUUCCCACACAGCAUUUCUGAUCUCAGGGGAAGAGGCGCCCAGCAGCAGGCAGAGCUCUGGGCCGGAAAUCCCGAGUGCAGGAAGCUGGGCUUGGUCUCGAGCCCCCUGCCUUUCGUUCUCAGGAAACUCGGGCAGCCUGAGGUGAGCUACGUGCACAUGAGAGCUGGCAUUUGAGCUCCACCACUGGGUGAGGACGAAGAGUUGCAGAGAGGGUCAUGCAUGCCUCAAAACAAAGAAAAGAAAAUGGUGAAGGUGAAGGUGAAGACUGAACAUUGCAAUAAGACUUUAUGAAGAGCCUGAAUCUGAAAUGAUGUUUUAUUUCUAUUUCAACAGUAACUACCAUUCUCUUAAUCAGUGAGCAUAUCUAGAAUCCUACCUUCAGAACCACGCCCUGUGUUCAUGCUGGCUACAGACAGGUGGCAAGCUUUACUCUGAGUGCUUUACAUGAAGAAAUACAAGAAGGAUACUUCAGGAAUACAGAUGCUGGAAGGAUCCGCAGGUGAAAAUAUAACACACCGUUUUUCAAAAUUUCCAGGAAAUUUAGCAGAUAAACAAAGCAAAACUCUCACAAGCUGCUUGAAAAAGUAGCCUAGUAAAGCAAUUUAGACCAUCCUCUCCUUUGGGAAUGGUUACAAUGCAGACCCUAUAUUGUUGGCUCAGGCCCGCUCUACCCCCGUUUACAGUUCCUGAUGUUUGGGAUCCAAUGACUCUUAGGAGGUAGGUUUGUUUUUGUUUUGUACUCCAUGUAUAGCCUGCAGUUCUUUCUCCCAGUACUUGUAAGCCCUGAUUAAAUCACUGAACAGCACCACCUACAGACUUACAUAACUGCAUCAGGGGCAUUUCCCUUGGGGAUUUGCUCAGAACCCUCUGAGUCAGUUGCCCAGGGAAACAAACUGGUGAUGUCACAAGGUAUGACACUUCCAGCCCUCUCUCGGGUCCCUUCUGUCGAGCCCGAGGCAGGGCCCGGUUCUGAAAACUUUGCCCAGCCUAAGCACACUCUUGUCUUCUCCAAGGCAAUGCAGAGACCCUCAUUCUCAAUCAGCAAUGUCUGAACUCAGGUAUGUUGGGGUAGUGACCACACACCUCUUCCUGAUUCUUUGGUCACAGACCUCUUGCUAUGCUUCUUCCCUCCGAGGGAGCAGAAAUGCCUGUUUCAAUGGAGUGUCUGGGGCAGCUCUCAGUAACUCUUGGUUCUCUAGGAUACAGAUAAAAAACUGCGGGGGUUGGGGGGGGGCGGCGCGGAACAACCAACUAAAACGCUGGGGCUGCUCCCUAGAGGAUCAAAGGUUGUUUCAGAUUUUAUAGGGCCUCAGAGACCUUAGGAGCAAGAUUACAACACCCUUCCCCUUUCUAAAUAUUUACUUCCCUCCACGAGAUAAACACGCCCACCAUCUCUCCCUCCUGGUCUGCCAACCUGCUUCUCAUUCUCUCAAGAUAUAUUAUGGCAACUUCCUUAUUCUGCCCCAAAGAAAAGAAAACACGACCAUGACGGAAAGGAGCCUAUGAGAGAAGCAAAAUUCAGCCAUGUUGGAACUCUCAGUCCCGGAGCGGUGUGUCACGCAGUUCUCCUUCUCCGGCCUGGCCUGCCACAGGACUUGCGCCGUGACCUGCGCAAGUACGCCAGAGGGAAGCUGCUUUGAGACGGUUACAGUUCCCUGGUCAGAGCUAGCCAUGACGAGGACUUCUACGUGCAUAUACCACUUUUUUGUUUUGAGCUGGUAUAUUUUCCUCAAUUUUUAUAUCUCACAACAAGGAGAGGAUCGGCGGAAAUCCAAAGUCUUUCUAAGUGGUGGACAAUGGAAGUACUUAACAUUCCUUAAUCUGUUCUUGCAGGUCAUUUUCUACGGGGUGGCCUGCCUGGAAGAUGUGCUGAAAAGAGCUAAAGGGCAAAAAGACAUUAAGUUCAUAACUGCCUUCAGAGACCUGCUUUUCACCACACUGGCUUUUCCGAUAUCUGCAUUUGUAUUUUUGUCAUUCUGGAUCCUCUUUCUCUAUGAUCGAGAACUCGUUUACCCUAAGGCCCUAGAUGGUAUCUUUCCAGUGUGGUUGAAUCAUGCAAUGCACACGUCCAUACUGCCCUUCUCUCUGGCUGAAGUCAUCCUCAGGCCACACUGCUACCCACUGAAGAAGAAAGGACUCGCCUUAUUGGCUGCUGCUAGCCUUGCUUACGUCAGCAGGGUUCUAUGGAUCUACUCUGAGACCGGUACAUGGGUGUAUCCCGUGUUUGCCAAACUCAGCCCAGUGGGUCUAGCAGCCUUCUUCUCUCUCAGCUACGUCUUUAGUGUCGGCAUCUACCUAUUUGGAGAGAAGCUCAACCACUGGAAAUGGGGUGACACGAUGCAGCCGAGGAAGAAGAGGAAGUGAUUAGACACCAUUUUCCAAGAACCGAGGAAGAAGAAAACAUGAGAGUUUUUUUCAUCUUUUUUCUUCCUGGUGCAGGGAGGUGGUGGAGCAACAAAGGAAGGUAAAAAGGACAGGGAAUGAUAUUUAAAUUUAAUAAGACAGCCAUGAAGGUAGCUGAAUUUGAGGACUCUUGUUUUUUUAAAACUUUUACUGGACACACCCAAAACAAUUCCUGCUGUCACAGAAUUUGUUACAUCCGUCUGACCUCUGUGGAGGAUGGUCUGUGGUCAACAUCUGGCCCAAAGCCAAAGAAACUCACAUAAAUGUGGUGUUAGAGAAUGUUUAGAGAGAGAAAGGAACUUAGGAUCAUCCAAACUAUUCACUUUACAGAGGAGGAUGCUGAGGACCUAGAUGAGAAGUUACCUGCAUGAGGCCAAAGAAUUAGCGUCAGAACCAAAAUAAAAGCUUUUGUCUCCCAUAUCUUCUAACUCCCAGUUCUGGGCCAUUUUUGAAUAAUCCCAAUUUUCCUAAAAAGAGGCACUUUCAUAAGCUAGUUAUUUUCAUGGAUUUCUCAUCUAUUUUUUUCUCAGUCUAAAUGGAAAUGUAGGGAGAUGGCUGCUUUGGAAGUUGUCUGUCUACCUAGUAUAAUAGCAAAUUAACUAGGGCAAUGAGAAAAUAAGUUAUAAAAAAUAUUGGUAAAUCUGUCCCUCUUGUGAGCAAGCAUUUGGGGCAGGUAAACAUUGAACACACUGAUAUUGUCAAAAUCUCUUCCAUUGGUAUAUUGAUUAAUUUGUCAAAUAAAUGUACAUUUUACUUGGGGAAUAAUCUGGAUGGGAAGUGAUAUGAUUAUGAUGAC